AGCCUUUACGUUUGAUUGAAUUGAAUAACUUCAUAGAAAAAAGGGAGGCCGAGCCAAAGAUGAGGAAGAAUGAAACGGAGAAGAACAGAGACGAAGUGGAAGAGCUUCUGCGAGCAGCUCAGGACGAAUUGUUAUUGAAGCUUUCUCUGGACUCUCACAUAGCUUCUUCAUCUUCAAUCUCAGCUCCAUCAAGCACCACUCUGGAUGUGGAUCUGGAACGCCGAUUCCAAGCCCUCAAAUCAAGCCAAUCCUCGUGGAAAGGCGACGAUCUCUUCACUAGAUUCGAUGCUCUCAAGGUCAAAUCAAAUCCAUCAUUGAAGCAGGCUUCCCUGGAUCCCUCUACUGGAGAAGAAGAUGAAGAUGAAGAUGAAGAUGAAGAUGAUCAAGUUGAGAAAUUGAUUCAGUGGGCCAAGGAUGCCGCGCGUCUAGAACCUUCUGCUUCGUCCGACGACGACGACAGCGAACAACAAAACCAGGAUCGAAGAAAAGCGGGAGUAACUUUAUUUACUUUUUGUAAUUGCGCCAUCUCGACUUCACACGUAGUAGACUUCGGUAAUUUUUUUUUUUCCUUUGGUAAUUUAAUACAAUUAAUAUAUUUCUACCUGUGUAAUUACUUGCUGCGUGAGACGAAACUGAUUAAUUCAAUAUAA